CAGUACCAACUUGUUGCAAAGGAAGAUUUCCCUUUCCUUUUCAAUCCACUAAAAUACAAUUGAGAAAACCAAAUCCUCAUAAUUUAGAUCCAAUACUGCACUAAUCUCAUAACACAAAUCCUUUGGCUACUAAACCAAGAAAACUCAGUUGUGAUAGAGUUUAUGCUUUCCGAGUGGUUGACUUUUCCAGGCAGAUCAACUUCAAUUUCUUUCUUAAAGUUUCUCCUUUCUCCUUGAUUUCUACUUUGUUGUCCCUUCCUUCAAGUUCCUUUCUUUUUGUAUUCAGUUUUACUUACUUUUGCUAAAAAAAAAACCCAACCUUCAAAUCCCUUUUGAUUGAUUUGAAGUAGUAAGGAUCUUCUCAACACUAAGUGUACGUAGUUUGAUUUUGAAGUUCCCAAGUGAGGAAACUCUAUUUAUAUUUGUGUUAUAUAUAAAUUAAAUUUGUUAUAUAUAUUUUUGAUCUCAUCUUCAACUUCCUUUUGUUGUUUUGAAGUAAGAAUCUUCGUAUAAAUUAAAUCUAUUUAUAUAUGCUUCAUUUCUGUUUUUUUUAUAUAUAAAUUGAUCUCAUCUCAUCUUUUAAUGUUUUUCUUGAAGCAAGUAAGCGCUAAAAGACUGUUUGGAUUUUGAAAUGCUGGACUGAGUUGAAAGAAUAGCCCAUUGAUUCUCAUAGGUUGAGUUGUCUUUCACCAUCCUUGUGUUUGAACUUGGAACAUCAUAUUCUUCAAUUUGAGCUUGUCAAGCAUGGGUUGCGGCUUUUGCGAGGCUGCUCUUUCUAACACAGUUGGAACACUGGUUGUGAACUGUGUGGUGAAGCCGGUAGGACGUCAACUUGAUUAUGUCUGUCGCUUUCAUGACAAUGUUGAAAAGCUCCGAGAGAAAAAGCGUGAACUUGCAGAUGCACGAACGCGUCUACUACUUAAGAUUGAGGAAGCUAAAAACCGGCUUCUACUAAUUCAAGAUGAUGUACAGAACUUGCAAUCAAGGGCAGACGAAACACUGUCUGAUAUGGGAACUCUGGAGGAGGAAAUCCAACUGAAUAAGAGGUGUCUCAAUUGGUGUCCUAAUUGGAGUUGGAGAUAUCAAUUAAGCAAGAAAGCAAUGAAGAAAAUCCAGGAUAUCUCUGAGCUUUUGGACAAAUUUGGUCAACUUGGACCAGUCGGUUACCCUGCUCCUACUGCCCUUCCCACUAUAGAUUUCCUAUGUUCUAAAGAACUUGUGUUUUCGAAAUCUUCAGAGACUGCAUUCUAUCAAAUCAUUGAAGCCUUAAAAGAUGAGAAUAUCAACAUGAUUGGGUUGUGGGGGAUGGGAGGGGUGGGCAAGACCACUCUGGCUCGUGAAGUUGGAAGUCAAGCUCAAAAUCUGAAUUUGUUCGACAAAGUUGUGAUUACGACUGUGUCUCAAAAGCCAAAUCUUGAGAGAAUUCAAGAUCAAAUUGCACAAUACAUAGGCUUUGAUAUGAAGAAUGAACAAGGAAGAAGAUCCGAGCAAAAAUUAUGGUUAAGGCUGAAGAAUGAACAGAGGAUUCUUAUCAUCCUUGAUGAUAUUUGGGAAUCUAUCAACUUAAAGGAGAAGAUAGGAAUUCCAAUUGGGGAUGAUCAUAAAGGCUGCAAAGUUCUUUUAACAACACGCCGUCAACAAGUAUGUCGAGCUAUGGAUUGUCAAAACGUGGUACAACUUGACUGUUUGAAUGAUGAUGAAGCUUGGACUCUGUUUGAAAAGAAAGCAGGUCUAGAUGACUUUUCUGAUGAUUCUAUUAAAAUCCUAGCAAAUCAAAUUGUCAAAAAAUGCGGGGGUUUGCCAAUAGCUAUAGUUCCGCUGGGAAGUGCCUUGAAAGGUAAAACCCAUCAUGAGUGGCAAGCUGCAUACCGGAGACUCAAAGAUCGUAGAUUGACUGAAAUUGAGGAUGUUAAUGAAGAAAAUGCCUAUGUAUGUCUUGAGGCGAGCUUCGACUACUUGAAGAAUAUGGAGACCAAGACAUGUUUCUUGUUGUGCUCUUUAUUUCCUGAAGAUGAUGAGAUUUAUGUGGAGAACUUGGUAGGAUAUGCAUGGGGACUGGAGUUGUAUAAAGGCAUGGACUCAAUUAAAGAUGUUAGAAGUGAAGUGCUUGCAUCAAUUGAGACCCUCAAGAACUCCGGUUUGUUGCUAGAUUGCGGAGAAAGGCAUGUCAAAAUGCAUGACGUGGUUCGCCAAUUUGCUUUGUGGAUAGCAUCUUCAAGAAAGGAGAUUUCUUUUGGGACUGUUGAAACACUCCCGAUGGAUGAAAGUUUCAAGCAUUACACAGCAAUCUCCUUCGAAACUGAUCAAACGGAUGAACUGCCUAAAGGAGUGGGUUUUCCAUGCCUCAAACUUCUUUUACUUGGUAGUUUCAUGGAAACUUCAAGCGAAUUCUUCGAGGGUAUGAAGGCAUUACAAGUUUGUGCUUUGAAAGAUCAAUUGAUAUCUCUAGCUGCAUUUAAGUUUAAUAUGAACCUUCGAACUUUGUGUUUGAUUGAUUGUGAACUCUCUGACAUUUCGAUUCUUGGGAAGCUGAAGUCACUUCAUAUUCUCUCUUUAAGUGGAUCUGAUAUCAUUGAAUUGCCGACAGAAGCUGGUGAUCUAGAAAAUCUAAGACUCUUGGAUUUAUCGUAUUGCUAUAACCUUGAAGGAUUCCCUCCUAAUUUAAUACAAAGAUUGUCCGAUUUAGAAGAACUAUACUUGCAUGGUUGUCGUUCAUUAGAAUGGGCGACUGAGAAUUCAACUAAAAAGGAAAGCUAUUCCAGCCUAUCAGAGUUGAAUUCAUUGCCAAGGUCGGCUGUAAUAUCAUUGGAUAUUUCUUCUGAACAUCUUCCACAUGGCUUUGUGUUUCGUAGAUUAUGGAGCUUUGAUGUUUGCAUUGGCAUAAAAAGAGAACGGCGGUACCGAAAGAGGGACCUUGAAACUUGGCCAAUCUCAAGAUCUUUGAGAAUCGAUAAGUCUGUUGAUGCAUGCAAGCAACUACUUGAAGAUGUAGAAUCUCUUCAAUUGAAUAAGGUCGAGGGUCACCCAAACCUUAUUCCGAGCUUGGACUUGGGAUUUAGAAAGUUGACUUCUCUAGAUCUUCGACAGUGCCACUCUAUGCAAUGCCUAAUUGAUGCAUCAAAGCAGCAAGUGCCAAUCACUGCACUCUCUAAUUUGAGAAAGUUAUCAUUAAGUCAUAUGUUUCAUUUGGAAGAGAUGUGCAAUGCUCCCCAGCCGCAAGGUUUUUUACAAAAGCUUGAAGAGGUUAUAGUUUCAGAUUGUGGUGAGAUGCAAGUGUUAUUCCCAAUUGCUGAAUUGAGGAGCAUAGAACAAGAAGGGCCCAGUCAUUAUUUAAGCCUCCAAAGUCUGAAGAUUAUUGAAAUAGAGAGAUGCAAUAAUUUGAAAUAUCUUCCCAAUGUCAGUUGCUAAUAGCCUUGGGCAAUUGCAUACUUUGAAGAUAAAGAGUUGCUCGCAAUUGGAAGAUAUAAUCCAAGACCCACAAGUGGCAUACAAAUGUCUACUCCAAAGUCUGAAGAUUGUUGAAAUAAAGAGAUGCAAUAAUUUGAAAUAUAUCUUCCUAAUGUCAGUUGCUAAUAGUCUUGGACAAUUGCAAACUUUGAAGAUAAAGAGUUGCUCGCAAUUGGAACAUAUAAUCCAAGGCCCACAAGUGGCAUACAAAUGUCUACUCCAAAGUCUAAGGGAAGUUUCAUUGAUUGACUUGCCUCAAUUGAAAGGAAGGGAUGUGAACGACAUUAUGCUCACACAAUCGUCUUUGCAGAAGUUAAAAGUGCACAAUUGUCCUCAAUUGACACAUUUUAUUAUUUCGACUACGAUACAAGAAUUGGUGUUUGGGAAGAUGACAAAUGAACAAUUGAGCAAUUUACAUUUAUGUAAAUAUGAGGAAUUGGAGCAAUAUCAAACGUCAUCACAACAUCAUCCCCUACCUGUUUGCUUUCCAAAUCUGAUUCGAAUUGAUAUCUCGGAAUGUGAAAGCUUGAAAUCUCUCUUUCCAAUUAUUGUUGCUCAAGGUAGCUCUAAAAAAUUAAAUGCGCCCAAUUUGCAAACUCUGUGGAUAAGGAGAUGCUUUGGAAUGGAAGAAAUAAUCCAAGACUCACAAGUACCAACCAUAAACUUCCAAUGCCUAAGGGAAGUACAAGUCACAGAAUGCAAUAAGUUGAAAUUUCUCUUCCCAAUGUGUGUUGCUAAUAGUCUUGGGCAAUUGCAAACUCUGAGGAUAGAGAGCUGUUUCCAAUUGCAAGAAAUAAUCCAAAGACCAGACGUGUUAAUCUCAAUGUCUCAAGGUCUUGAACGAUUGAGUGAAGUUGAGUUAAUUAAUUUGCCUCAAUUGAAAGGAAGAGAUAGAAACGACAUCGUGCUAGCAUCGCCAUCUUUGCACGUGUUAAGAGUGAGAGAUUGUCCUCAAUUGACACCUUUUAUCGUUCCAACUAAUAUACAAGUAUUGGAGUUCUCAGAGAUGACAGAAAAGAAGCAAAUAAACAACGUGACAGUCCCUGAAAGGAGAGGAGGAACAUCAACAUGUACGGAAUAUUUAACAAUUUCCAAUUUUGAAGAGUUAUUUGAAUAUUCUGGAUAUAAUCUUUCAAGUCUAAACUUCCUAUAGUUGUCCGAGCUAACUGAAUUGCGGGUGAUAUGGAGUGGUCCCAUCCAUGUUGAACACUUUCAAAAUCUCACUGAACUGACAGUCGGCAAUUGCAGAAGGUUAAGAUACAUCUUCUCACCUACCAUCGCUCGAAAUUUGCCACAAUUGUGGACUUUGCAUAUAACUGACUGUGAGGAAUUGGAGCAAAUAAUUGAGAAGGAUCAAACUUCAUCACAAUAUCAUCUCCAACCUAUUUGCUUCCAUAAAUUGAGUUGGAUUACAAUCGAGAUGUGUGAAAACUUGAAAUGUCUCUUCCCCAUUACUCUUGCUCAUGGCGGCAUUCCAAACUUAGAUCGAUUACACCUUAAAAGGGUCUCCAAAUUAGAGCAGGUGUUUGAAGGAGAUGAGUCAAAUGUGAGUAAGGACGGAGAGAAAGUGAGCAUAGAACAAGAAGGGCUCAGUCGUCAUUUAAGCCUCCAAAGUCUGAAGAUUGUUGAAAUAGAGGGAUGCAAUAAUUUGAAAUAUAUCUUCCCAAUGUCAGUUGCUAAUAGCCUUGGUCAAUUGCAUACUUUGAAGAUAAAGAGUUGCUCGCAAUUGGAAGAUAUAAUCCAAGACCGACAAGUGGCAUACAAAUGUCUACUCCAAAGUCUAAGGGAAAUUUCGUUGAUUGAUUUACCUCAAAUAAAAGGAAGGGAUGAGAACGGCAUUAUGCUCACACAAUCGUCUUUGCAGAAGUUAAAAGUGCACAAUUGUCCUCAAUUGACACAUUUUAUUAUUUCGAUUACGAUACAAGUAUUGGAGUUCUCAGAGAUGACAGAAAAGAAGCAAAUAAACAACGUGACAGUCCCUGAAAGGAGAGGAGGAACAUCAACAUAAGGUUAAGAUACAUCUUCUCGCCUACCAUCGCUCGAAAUUUGCCACAAUUGUGCACUUUGAUUAUAGCUCACUGUGAGAAAUUGGAGCAAAUAAUUGAGAAGGAUCAAACUUCAUCACAACAUCAUCUCCAACCCAUCUGCUUCCCUAAAUUGAAUUGGAUUAACAUCAUUAACUGUGAAAACUUGAAAUGUCUCUUCCCCAUUACUCUUGUUCAUGGCGGCCUUCCAAACCUAGGUCUAUUAUACCUUAAAAGGGUCUCCAAAUUAGAGCAGGUGUUUGAAGGAGAUGAGCCAAAUGUGAGUAGGGACGAAGAGAAAGUGAUACACCUACCUGGAUUAAUCGACUUAGUGCUUGGUAACCUACCAAACCUCGUGAGCUUCAGCCCUAGGGGUUAUCAUUUUGUUUUCCCAUCUUUGAUGGAUUUACGAGUAACAGGUUGUCCCAACAUAACCACAAGAUUUAGUGUUGAUUCAGAGAAAUCAAUGCAUGCCAAAACACAGGCAUGCCAAUCAGUUGAUGAAAUUAUAGUGGAAGAAGCUGCUACAGCUCAAGAAACUGCAUGGCCAAUUGGUAGUGAUAUAGAAUGGUGGCCUAUUUGAAAAUUAAGCAUUGUGAAUGUUUAAAUUGAAUGCCAUUUAUCUGUUAUUAUGUACCAUUUAUUCGUUAAAUUGAAGACAGAUUUAUUAAGUUAUAAGCAAAAACAAAAUAUGUGAAUUCUGCUCAUUAAUCAAAGAUU